UUUAUUUUAUGCAUAAUACAUAAUAGGGUUAUAUGAUAAUUAUAUUAUACAUUGUCCUAUUUUGAAAGAUGGUUGCAAGUGGAUCAACUGAAACUAUUGAUCGAAGCAUAUUGUGGAAGAAAGCAAGGGAAAAAAAGGACGGCACCUUUGAUGAAGUGGCCAUACCAGUAAUUGAGAAAAUAGACAAGCUAUUGAAUGAGUCUCAAGAGAAUGGUAGAAGUGUUAGUGGAAGUAAUGAUAUACUUGUGGAAGCAUUGGGUACUCCUGAGUAUAGUGGUCGAGUUAGGGCCAAAGGGAAGCACUACACACCUCGCCAAUAUUUCAAUAGUGCUGCAGAUCGUGCUGUCAGGGAUUUCAUAGCAGCAUCUAAAGAAGAACAAAGAAUAUUUCAGGCAGAAGUGCUAGCAAAACUAUCUCAAGUAGGAGCUGUUACUCCACAAUCUGAUGUUAGCAGUUCAAACAUGAAGCAAAAACAACUUCUCCUACCAGAAGCAGUGGAUAAGCCAAUCCGUAAAGUUGAAGAUGUGACCCCACCAGAAUCAAUAGAACCACAGAAGAAGGUUAGAAAAUGUGAGCUGGCCAUAGGCACCAAGGAAAAUAUAGUGGCAGGUGGAACAAUUAUACUUGAAUGUGGUCCCAACUAUUUAGUAGUUGUUGAUGCUCCUUAUGAUUCAAGUGCACCCCUUCCCAUUCCUAUUCCUAGACAAACUACUACUGUUGGGGCUGCAAUUGGUUACCAAGUUUUGUGGCCAACUGAUUUGGUCAUCAUCCGUACUCCCAUCUUAGCAUCUAAGAAAGCAAAGAAACAAAAAGUAAAUGAAGUUGAAGUCAAAUCCAAGGGUGAAAAACCACAAGAUAUGAAAAAUUUUGAGAGAUUGGUUGGCCUCAUGCUGAGUACAUCAAGAACACACCCUAUAAACUUCCCAGAUGAUGUUUUUGGUGAGAGUUUCAAGACCUUCAUGAUGAAAGAAGAUAUGGAAAUGAUAAUAUCAUCAAAAGAAGUGUCAUCCAAUUGUAUUUUAUACUACAUCUGGCAUUUGCAUAGAAAGUUGAUUGAUGCAAAGUAGGCCGAACGAUAUGUUUUUGUCAAUCCAGCAUUGGUCUCAAAAGCUGGAAUGGGAUAGGGAAGCAAGGAAAACAGUGCCCAAGACAACCAGGUAGUGUGGAAUGUGGGUAUUACGUGAUGAGAUAUAUGAAGGAAAUCAUUGCUAAUCCAAACCAACUAACAUCAAAGUUUUGCGGGAAGAAAUAAUA